GUCCAGUUCAUCAGUUAAAACUGUGAGUGCUAUAUUUUUUGAAUAUCUCGUAAAGUAUGUUAAUUUUGUUUUUUGUGCUUUCAACGUUAAUAAAUGCAGUCGUUUCAACGAAUAAUAAUGAUUGUCUUGAACAUCAGUUUAGAUGCACAAAUUCAAAAUGUAUAGAUUUUCAGCAAAGGUGUGAUGGUUCCGAUAAUUGUGGGGAUGGUUCGGAUGAACUGGAGUGUGAUCAUAAAUGUCAUGAACAUUUUUUCGAUUGUCGAAAUGGGAGAUGUAUAAGCGAAGCAUUCGUAUGUGAUGGUGAAAAUGAUUGUAAUAACUUUUUGGAUGAAAAAGACUGUAAGGAUAAAACGCUAACUCUCGAAACUGAUCAGCAUUGUGAAGAUGGUCAUUGGAAGUGUACUGAUAGAUUGUGUAUUCCAAAUGACUGGGUGUGUAAUGGCGUACCUGAAUGUUUGGAUGGAUCAGAUGAAACUAUUGGAUGUAGCAGCAAGAUCGAUUGUGAUGGGUUUAAAUGUAAAAAUGGUCAUUGCAUACCACAUGAAUGGAGUUGCGAUGGUGCUGACGAUUGCGGCGAUAAAUCUGAUGAACAAGAUUGCGAAAACCACGUACCACUUGAUCAAUGCACUUGGGAUAAAAGAAAAUUCUUGUGUAGCAACAAUAAAACUUGCAUAGAUCUUCACUCAGUCUGUGAUAAUAAGUUUGAUUGUCCUGAUUUUUCUGACGAAGGGAAACUUUGCAAUUCGUCUACAGUAUUAUGUAAGAAUAAUAAAUGUUCGCAUACAUGUAUCUCACUUCCAACGGGUCCAAAAUGUCUAUGCCCGAAUGGAUAUCAUACGAUUGAUGAUUCGAAUUGUUUGGAUAUUAAUGAAUGUACGAUUUAUGGUAUAUGCGACCAAAAAUGUCGAAAUCUUCCUGGAUCAUACGAAUGCUACUGUGAUGAUAAAUACAAACUCCAAGCUGAUAAAAGAACUUGUAAAGCAACUGGCGGAAGUGGAAUAAUGAUCUUUAGUUCCAAGCAGGAAAUUCGAGCUUUAACCUUAGAUUCUUUAGAUUAUUUUACAGUGGCUAAAGAUUUAAAACAAGUAGUCGGAAUAGCAUACGAUGGAAAUCAUAUUUACUGGACAGACGUAUUUACUGGACAUGAAACUAUAUCGAGGUCUAUUGAAGAUGGAUCGCAGAGAGAGGUAUUGGUAACAUCUGGAUUAAGUUUACCGGAGGAUCUAGCAUUUGAUUGGUUAACACGUAAUAUUUAUUUUACCGAUGCUCUCAAACAACAUGUUGGAGUGUGUUCCAAUGAUGGUAACCAUUGUACAGUACUAGUCAACAAAGAUAUUCGAAAACCACGUGGGAUUGUUGUCAAUGUGGAAGCUGGAGAUAUGUAUUGGUCAGAUUGGGGAGUACCAGCAGCAAUUGGAUAUUCACUUAUGGAUGGUUCCCAUGACAGACCGUUUGUUACCAAUAAUAUACAUUGGCCCAAUGGUUUGGCUCUAGAUCAACCUAACUCUAGACUUUAUUGGACUGAUGCUAAAAAGAUGACAUUAGAAAGUAUUAAUUUAGAUGGAACUGAUCAAAGGAUAAUUUUGGAAGGAAUCGUGAAACAUCCCUAUGCCAUCGCUGUGUUUGAAAACAAAUUGUAUUGGUCAGAUUGGGAUUCCCAUAGCAUUCAAACCUGUGAUAAGUUCGAUGGUAAAAAUCAUCAUACACUCGUGGAAGAACAUAAAAAUCUAAUCUAUGGAAUCAGUGUCUUUCAUUAUGCUCUCGAAAAGCGUCUAGUGAAUCCUUGUGAGCAUACUUCCUGUAGUGACAUUUGUCUAUUGAAGGCUCAGUCAUACGCUUGUGCGUGCCCGGAAAAUAAAAUUUUAGAUACGGAUGGUCAUACGUGCAAAGAAAUACAACCAACGCAAGCACUUGUUGGAGGAACUGGACAUGUCCUAGUGUCUAUCAAACAUCAAUUUCUAGGCAAACACGACGUAACAUUUUUACCAGACUUAGUGAAACACGUAGGAAGCUUAGCGUAUGACAGUUAUAAAAACGUUUUGUAUGUUAGCGAUUUGGAAACACAAAGUAUAGUUGAGCUUAAUAUGUUUACAGGCGUUAGUAAAACUCUUGAUAUCAGCGGCAUUGGCAGAGUUACUUCAAUGGAUUUUGAUCCAAAAAGUAAUAAUUUAUACAUUUGCGAUACUGAAAGGCUGGUUGUAGAAAUUAUUGAUAUGAAUAGUCAAGAAAGAAAAAUAAUUGUCCACGACACUUUUGGAGAAAGUCCUGAAAGCAUUGCAUUGGUACCGGAAGACGGUAUCAUGUUUAUAAGUUUUAAACAAGGAAUAACAGGAAACAGUCACAUCGAUCGUUUAUUUAUGGAUGGUACCGGAAGAACUCACGUCAUCGAAAGCGGAUUAGUGGGUCCAGUCCAUGUAGUAUAUGACCAUAGUCUUUAUAGAAUUUUCUUUGCCGAUCUAAGUACUGGCGUAAUUGAAUCUACGAGUGUGACUGGUGACGAUAGACAUCAUUUCCGUACUCUAACUACUCAUCCAGUAAGUUUAGCGGUUUUGAAGGAUGAUAUAUUGUGGACAAAUCUUGACUCCAAGGAUUUAUAUUGGUCUGAAAAAAGAUCUAGCGAGUCUUAUGAGAAGAAAAUUACUUUAGGUUUUAAAGAAGAUAAUGUUAAUAUUCACUUAGUAUCAGUGACACAUAAACAAUUAGAAAUUAAUGGUUGCCGUGUUAAUAAUAAUGGAUGCAGUCAUCUUUGUCUUCAAUCCCACAAAUCGAUAAUUUGUGCAUGUCCAGCUGGAUGGGAGCUAUCGGCAAAUGGUUUUACAUGUAAUAAAAGGUUAACCUGCGACAAGAAAGAGAUGCUUUGUCCUCAUUCCAAUACUUGCAUUCUAAAGAGCUUAAGGUGCAAUGGUUUUAAAGACUGCGCAUUUGGUGAAGAUGAAUGGGAUUGUCAAGCGGCUUCCGAAUGUUUACCUGGCCAGUAUAAAUGCGACGAUGGACAGUGCAUCAGUGAAGAUUUGGUCUGCAAUCAUAGUUAUGACUGUAAAGACAAGUCGGAUGAGUAUGGAUGUGCAGAUAAAAAGAAGAAACUAGGGUGUCCUCCCGGUCAUUUUACCUGUAAGAGCUCUGAGUGUAUAUCAGAACGAUUUUUAUGUGAUGGUUUUCAUGAUUGCGAUGAUGGAUCAGAUGAAUUGAAUUGCGAGAAUAAUAUUUGUUUGGAAUCUCAGUUCAGGUGUGAUGUCGGAACUUGCAUACCAAAAGAUUGGGAAUGUGAUGGAGAAUUUGACUGCACUGAUAAUUCAGAUGAGCACUGUUCUUCAGAAGGCUGUCGUUCCGACUAUUUCAAAUGUGAUAACAACAGAUGUAUCGAUCCUAAACUUCAUUGCGAUGGGUUUGAUGACUGCGGUGACCGCUCUGAUGAAAAAUUCGAGCAAUGUUUGCAUCACUCGAAAGCACCAAAAUGUACAUUGGAGGAAUUCGCAUGUACCACUAAUAUUUCCAUUUGUCUUCCAAAAUCAGCUAAAUGUAACGGAACAUCAGAAUGCCCAAAUAAAGAAGACGAAAAGGAUUGUUCAAAAUGCGAAGAAGAUGAAUUUGAGUGUAAGAAUAAGCAUUACAGAGAAUGUAUUCCUAGAUCCUGGCUAUGUGAUGGUAGUGAUGAUUGCGGUGAUAAUAGUGAUGAGAAUAUGGAAACAUGUUCUUCAACACUUAAAACUCUUGUAAAUAUCACUGCUGUUGCUGAUCCGUGUCUAACCGGAUAUAGAUGUCGUAGCGGUGCAUGCAUAAAUAUGACUUCAGUAUGCAAUAAUAAACACGAUUGUUAUGAUGGCUCUGAUGAAGAUGGACUCUGUUCUUCAUCUUGUGUCGGUGUGAAAAAUCCCUGUAAUCAAAUAUGCGUGAAAACACCAUCUGGGCCAAGAUGUGAAUGUAGACCGGGAUAUAAAUUGCUAGGAGACGGAAAAACGUGUAUCGAUGAUAAUGAAUGCCAAUCGGAUCCCCCAAUCUGUAGUCAGUUAUGUCACAAUAAAGAAGGAGGUUAUUCUUGUGAUUGUUAUAAUAAUUUCCUUUUAAGCUCUGAUAAAAAAUCUUGUAAGGCUCACGGACCACGAAUGACCAUAUACUUAGUGAUUUACGGAAACGAAAUCCGUCAACUAAUUCCUAAAUCAAAUACAAUGGCUGUUGUUUACACCAAUCCAAUGAUAAAAAUCUCGAGCUUGGAUACUCUGAUUAAACCAAAACUAAUCUUCUUUGGUUCUUACGAAACUCAAGCUAUUUAUAAACUUGAUACCACCACAAACACGAUGCACUAUAUCAGAAACGUAGGUUUUCCUAGAAAAAUUGCAGUUGAUUGGUCCACUCAAAACAUUUACUACUUCGAUACUGAUUAUAAUGGCCGGUCCAUUAGUGUUUGCAGUUUUGAAGAAAAGUGUGCCAAGUUAAUAAAUAUUGAAUCGCCUCGACAUGUAUCUGCCUUAGCUGUUGAUUCCGUUAAUAAAAAACUUUUCUACGUUUUAAGACAUUGGUGGGUGUUAGAAACACCAAGCUUCGUAAUAUACAGUGUAAACUUAGAUGGAUCUAAUAGACAAGAAAUAGUAAAAACAACAACAGGUAAUGUUGAAGAUAUAACUUUCGAUAUUAACAAGAAACUUUUAUACUACACUAAUAAACAAGAUGAAAGUAUAUAUGAAGUAAACUACAAAGGAGGACCUGUUAAAACUGUAUUUUCAAACAUCUCUCAACCAGACGGUCUUAAAUUUUUCGAAAAUCAAUUAUACUAUACUGUUGCAACUGGUUAUAUAGUCAGUUGUAAGCUAUAUGGAGACAAAUCUUGCCAUCCCAGAUAUAAAUUACACACUUUUGCCAGUGGUCAAUUUAUUAUUGAGCAGGAAUCUCUUCAGCCUAAAACCGAAAAUGUUUGUACUGGACACAAAUGUCCAUACUUAUGUGUACCAGCAGAAACAGGUUAUAGAUGUCUUUGUCACGACGGGAAAGUUAGUAAUCAUUCAGAAAUUUGUGGUGAAAAUGAUGAUAAUCAGUCAGGAAAUAAUCACAAGUUUGCUGUACACAUUACACCAUUACAAACGACAUCCGAUAAACACUCCGGAGCAGUGGCCUCAGCAAUAUUAAUUCCAAUACUCUUGGUAUUCCUUGGAGCAGUAUUUUAUUAUUUUCUAAAAAGGAAAGGUGAUUCUGGCUUAAAUAUAAGUAUGAGAUUUUAUAACCCACUCUACGGAAAACCUGUCGAAGACCAAAAACCAAUCCUUCAACCAGGACAACACGAGUACACAAAUCCGAUAAUUGUGGCCGAAGAAAGAAGUCCUGAGGACCAUGCGAAAGAUGCUAGCAGAAUGCUAAACGAUACUUGUGUUUGUUAAGUUUGUAUCUUUUUGUUACGUCAUUCUUUGUUUUAUGUUUUAUAUAAUCUUAUAAACGUUGUUUUAAUCUUUUGAAGUGUAUUAAAAAUAAAAUGACUCUUACACUUCACAAAUAUUAAGUUCGUUGAAAAUUAAAUUGUUGAACAUAACAAUCUAUAUUAUACAUCAAAAUAGAUACAAAUUAAUAUUUAUUAUAACGCUAUAUCGAGUAGUAGAGUUUAAAUAUCAAGAUGUAUAGAUAAAAAAUAAUACAGGGAAAAUAUCCUCUAUAUUGUAAAGUUUCCUACUAAAAGGUGCAUUUGACAAUAUCAAAUUAUUUAUUAUAGAAUAGGC